AUGGCUACACAGAGAUUUAGCCGCGAUGUCACUGAUGAGCUUAAGGCAAAGCAAAGAAGUGGAAAAAUCACUUAUCAUGACCUUGCGGAUGGUACAAAACAAGCCAGUGACCAGAAAAUUAAUUUUAUCAUGGAAGGUUGGGCAACCAACACUGAAGAGCUUUUCAACAUCUGCCUAGUAGCGGAUGACGGAGACUACGCCUUAAGUAUGCAUUAUUUGCACCAUAACCCACUCAUUGUAUAUGGUCCAGAAAAUAUCUCUGAUGACAUGAAGAGAGUGGGUUAUUAUCGCUGGAGUUUGCAUGAAGUGCUGAAAAUCGAUGCUUGA